CGAGGGCUGCACCAAUGGCGCGGAUGAGUCUGUUGUGUCUUCAAGGAUGCACAGCUGAACACAAGGCAGCGGCUUCCAUGAGCCUAAAGACCUUCCCUCCGCACGCUCAGUAUCCCGACGGGGGCGAACAAAACCUUUAAACAAAUGCUCCAGUUUCCCCGUAGGGAGCCGGAGUCAAAUCCAUGAGGAAGACCGGGGUCGCACUGAAGCCCACCCCACUGGUGCUGGCAGAACCUCGACCAGAGCCAACCCAGGCCGCAGAUCCUCCGAGACUCCGUCCCCGGAUGGCGACACCCAAUCCGUGGUGUUCCCGCCCACUUAUGGAAGCCUGGCCCCGCCUCCGCCCUCCGAUUGGGCAAACGCCCUGCUCUACGCCGCAGGGGCAAAACCUGGAGGAGCUGCCCCAGCCUGAAGAGCGGCCCCCCGCAGCCUUGCUGCGCAUGCUCACGCCGUGACCCCGGCCUGAGGUGACGGCGCGAGCUGAGGCGGGGGCCCUCGGCGCAGAGGCUGAGGGACCCGUCGUGGCGCUGUCGCUGGAGAGGGAGGGCCGGCUGCCGUCGGCCAAAAGCCAAGGAGCCCUCAGUGACCGUGGGAUCCACGACACCUCCACUUCACUGUCUCUACACAGCCAGGGCAGCAUCAGUACCAGCUCAGACACAAGGACAGAACCACUGGACUCCAGGUUCCUUGCCUGGGAGUAGGAGAAAUCCACCUGCUGGGGGCUGAGUGCAGCUUGAAGGACAGGCCCUGGGUCCCGGGAUGCCCCUGCCCGAGUCCAACGAGCAGGAGGGUGAGAGCGUGAAGGCUGGCCAGGAGCCAUCUCCCAAGCCAGGCACAGACGUCGUCCCUGCAACAGCAGCCCCGAGGAAGCCCAGAAAGUUCUCCAAACUGGUCCUGCUCACAGCCUCCAAAGACAGCGCCAAGGUGGAGGGGGCCAAGCGCAAGGGCGUGCACUGUGUCAUGUCCCUGGGGGUGCCCGGCCCCGCCACUCUUGCCAAGGCCCUCCUCCAGACCCACCCUGAGGCCCAGAGGGCCAUCGAGGCACCCCCACAGGAGCCUGAGCAGAAACGCAGCAGGCAGGACCCAGGCGCAGGCGGAAAAGAAGACAGUGGAUUAGCAGCGGGGCCUCCUGAGGCUGCCGGAGAGAACUCAACUGUCCUCUGCCCCGUGGUGCCAGGCACAUCCUCGUAACCUUGACAACAGGUGCAUCCUCCCAGGUCAGCAACUGGGCCACAGGCUCUUCUCUGUACACAGGGCUUCUGGGGCCCAGCUGGUGAAUUUUUGCUUUCAACAUUGUGUAAUGUCUUUCUUUUUUUUUUUUAGAUCAAGUAUAAAUUACUUUUGUAAGCAGAAAAAUAAUUUCAAACAAGAAUAAAAGAAGCUGUUUGCUAGACCCCA